AUGGACGUGGAUGCCACCCAAGCUCAGAAGGAAGGAAGGAGGGGCGCCGCCAGAGAUAAGGCAGGCGUCACCUGCUUCAAUUGCGGCAAGAAAGGACACUUCAAACGCGACUGCCGCAGCGCCAAGAAAGAUUGGGAACCGGUUCCAGGCAAGGAAGCAGCCACCAUCGACAAGCACGUCAGAACCGUCGAAGUGGCAGCCGCCGGCUACGCUCAGGAUGACUCCGACGUCGGGCGAGCCAACGCCUACGAACAAGCACUCGCCGACGCAGAGACAAGCACCAAAGAUGAAAACCUGGAAACCGACGACAGAGGCGAAGUUGCACCACCCAGCCGAGCGCUCGAAACGGCUCGACUGUGGAGACGCACCCUAGCCCAGAACAACAACGGUCAGUGGAGAAUUCGGAACGCGGGAGAACAAGAGGGACGGAACAUCGCCUAUCUCCAGAAGCGCGUGAUUGAG